AUGAAAGUUGUUUUUUUUGUAAUUUUAAUUUUUGUAUUACUAAGUUCCACAAUCUAUGGAAAAAAAUCAAAACUAAAAAAAAAAGGAAAAAAUGGAAAAAAGAGUGUGUCAUUAGGUGGCGACUUUUUGGGAGAUAGCACGCCUUUACCCAGUUCUGUAUAUAAUUUACACGUCGAUUUAAAUAAGCAUUAUGAAUUAAAUGAUUUUAUUUUAAAUGGGAAAGAAAAAAUAAAUAAAAAAUUAAUUUUAAUGCAUAAAGAGCAUUCUAAUCAUGUAAAAGAACUUCAAGGAAUAAUGGGCUUAAGGCAAAAAUUAAUAGAUCAUUUAAUUAAUGAAAUAAAAGAAUUAAAGGAGUUAAAUGAGUUGUAA